AUCACCAAUAAAUGGGCUCUUGCGAGUGCGUCUAAAACAAAACUUGUAGAAACUUCAGCUCCAGAACAAAUUGAAGAUAAGGCUGUUACUAAAAGGAGGACAUCUUCUAAGCAAGCUACUACUCGUACUAGAAAGAAAGCUGUUGUAGAUACCCCAGAGGAGUCCUCUGAAUUGAUUCCUAGUGAUAAAGAAAUGACCGUAUCCGUAGCGCUGGAAGAUUCCAACAAGAAACAGCGAAGGACUCAUAAGAAAGCUGCAUCUGCUCUUACAACAACGAAGGAAGAGAAAACUAAGAAGGUAAGGAGGCGGAAAAAGAGUACUCUGGAGGUUGCUGAAGACAAAACUAGUGAAACUGAAUUAUCGGAUAAUGAGGACUCCACAUUCUUUGCAAGUUUAGAUCAAGAGAGUGAUGAGGACCUAGAUCUGGGAAAAGACGAGGGAGAGGAUAUUAGCUAUACAUACGGUUGGCCUCCUCUUGUUUGUUGCUUUGGAGCUGCGCAGCAUGCUUUUGUACCAUCAGGAAGGCCAGCGAACAGGCUUGUAGAUUAUGAAAUUCAUGAAAGGAUGAAAGAUGCUUUAUGGGCACCAGAUAAAUAUGUUAGGGCUCCAGGGGGGUCAGCUGGAAGUGUGGCUAUUGCCCUUGCAAACUUAGGAGGUAAGGUUGCUUUAAUGGGUAAACUUGGGGAUGAUGACUAUGGCCAGGCCAUGCUAUAUUAUUUGAACAUGAACAACGUUCAAACCCGAUGUCUUCGCAUUGAUAGCAAGAGGCAAUCAGCUGUAUCACUGAUGAAGAUUGGCAAAAGGGGCCGUUUGAGAAUGACUUCUGCUCGACCUUGUGCAGAAGAUUCUUUGUCGAAUUCUGACAUCAAUGUUGAUGUAUUGAAGGAGGCAAAAAUGCUUUAUAUUAACACGCAUUCGUUGCUUGAGCGUAACAUGAGAUCAACUGCAUUGCAAGCCAUUAAGAUCUCAAAGAGAUUUGGAGGGCUUAUAUUUUAUGAUGUGAAUCUUCCUUUGCCUCUUUGGCAUUCUGCUGAGGAAACCAAAGCGUUCAUUCAGCAAGUUUGGGAGCUAGCAGAUUUUAUUGAGGUCACCAAGCAGGAACUUGAGUUUUUAUGUGGGAUUGUGCCAUCUGAGGAAUUUGACACCAAAAAUAACUCGAAAUCUAAAUUUAUCCAUUACGAACCAGACAUUAUUGCACCUCUCUGGCAUGAUAAUCUUAAGGUCUUGUUUGUGACGAAUGGAACUUCCAAGAUUCACUAUUACACGAAGGAGCACAAUGGUGCUGUCCAUGGGAUGGAGGAUCCUCCCAUCACUCCCUUCUCUCGUGAUAUGUCAGCAUCUGGCGAUGGCAUUGUUGCAGGUCUCGUGAGGAUGCUGACGGUUCAGCCUGACCUCCACACAGACAGAGACUACCUAGAGCACUCAAUCAAGUAUGCCAUUGACUGCGGAGUCAUCGAUCAAUGGGCUGUCUCACGAACACAUGGCUUCCCCCCUAGAGAAGAUGAAGAGGAAGAGGUGUCGCCUGAUAUUAACGGCAUAAGAUCAUUAUCACAGAGGGAGUAUCGGACAGUGCAUUCACAAUGAUCAUUUUCGCUUUCGACUAGCUAGCAUUUUCUUCCCUGUAAAGUGACGAUCUUAUUCUUUUUUCUUGUUCCGUCUCUUCAUAAAUUUUCUCCACUUGUUUCCCGCCUUUUUCAAAUUCACAGUCCCAUGUGUAGACACAUUGUAAAACUUCCCUUUCUUGAACUUCUUGUAACUGGUAUACUUGGUGAAAGCCCACUGAGAAUUCAACGGGAAGCUUGAUUAUUGCA